AUGUUGACAGAAACGCUAGUGUUGACCUUGCCAGAAUCGGGAAAAGAUUUUAUUGUGUAUAUUGAUGCUUCAUUGAACGGACUUGGAUGUGAACUGAUGCAAAUUGGAAAAGUAAUUGCUUAUGCUUCACGGCAAUUGAAAUCGCAUGAACGUAAUUAUCCGACUCAUGAUCUGAAAUUAGCAGGUAAAGCUAAUGUUGUAGCUAAUGCACUAAGUAGAAAGGCUGCAGUUGAACUGAGGACAAUGUUUGCACAGCUCAAUAUUGUUGAUGAUGGAAGUCUUCUGGCUGAAUUGAGAGUAAAACCAGUAAUGUUUGAUCAAAUCAGAACAACACAGUUAGAAGAUGAAAAACUAAUGAAGAAGAGAGAGAUGGUGCAGAAUGAAUUAAAAGAGUUGAUACUCCAAGAAGCACAUGAUAGUUCUUUUGCAUUACAUCCCAGAGGAACAAAGAUGUAUCGCGAUUUAUGGGAACUGUAUUGGUGGCCAGGAUCCAUGGUUUACAUCGAGGUUCUAAAAACAGUUGCAAGAGUCUCUCGGUACUCGACUUUGUUUUAG